AUGUCCUUAGUUGCCAGCAGCAGCAGCAAACGUCGCCGGCGCCUCUCUGUACAUCACGGCGUCUCCCCUGGCGCCGGCACGGCGGCGCUCUCCUCCCCCUGGGCGUCGAUGAACCAAGACUUGAUCCGCCUGAUCGCCUGGCAGGUGCUGGCCGGCGACCUGCUGGACUACGUCCGCUUCCGCGCGGUCUGCCGCCACUGGCGCUCCACCACCGACAGCCCACGCGGCUGCGGCAUCGUCGACCCACGGUUUCACCCACGCCACUGGAUGAUGUUCCCGGAGGGCCACGGCCUGCACCCAUCCCACACCAAGCUCCACGGCUACAUCCGCUUCCUCAACCUCGACACGGGGAGGUUCGUCCGCGCCACGCUCCCGGUCUUCAACGACCACUGCGUCCUCGACUCGGUGGACGGCCUGCUGGUCAUGCACAGGGACGAGGACACGACCAUCCGCAUCCUCCACCCUUUCACCGGCGACGUCGUGGACCUCCCGCGGCUCGCGACCCUUGCGCCGCACAUUGACCUAGGCCUGCCCGGGGCCUUUCUCCCUGCGCAGAGGUGCUACUACCUAAGAGGAGUGUGCGCUUCCGUCAGCGUCAGCGCCGCAGGAGUCGUCGCCGUCUUGCUCGCGCUGCAUCGGAUGGGCCGCGUCGCCUUCGCCACCUCCCGGGAUCAGCAAUGGCACAUGUCAACCUGGACAUUUAGUUACAACACACCCUUAUCGUUUCAAGGCAAACUAUACAUGGCGGGAAUGAGCUUCGAUCCCAAAGAGAACUCGGAAAUAUUCCAACUUGAUCCCCCACCACAGGACCAUCAUCAUGUGGAUGUGGUGGGCUCAGCUGGUUCCUCCUCAUUGACACUGCCACCACCCAAGUUGGUUGCCACAAUUCCAACCGACAAUCUCGCCCGUCCCAUCCACCUAGUAGAGUGCGACUCGCGGAUCCUUGUGACCGGCUACACCGAUAGAUCCUGGUCGCAUAUGAUCAUCCAUAGGCUUGCGGAUCUAUUUACAUUGGAAAACCCAAUUCCGGUAACAAGCAUUGGGGACAAGGCUUUGUUCCUUAACAAUGUGAGGAGCAUGUCUGUUUCCUCCAAUGGGGCAUUGCCCACUGUUGUCGGCAACACCAUUGUUCAGGCCAGCCUGGCAAAUGGGUCACUUACCGAGUACAAUCUUAGUACCGACGCUUGGUCACGGCCUAUGGAUGGUUGCAUCCUGCGCGGCCCCGUAUUCGGCCCAUGUUGCCUCAUCUACCAUAUCUACACCUGUUGCAUUCGUGAAUACUGGUGA